UGUUUUGUCAUAAAGUGUCAGUCAUGUAGCUGUUUCCAUCAAAUACUUUACAAAACAUAAGACAAUAAUCCAAAUUAUUAGGCCAAACACCUGCCGUCUUGAUGGGAAAGUCGCUGGAUGUCGUUGUCUUUGGGGCAGCGACCAUUGAAUACAUAACACAUGUGAACGAGCUGCCAAGGCCCGGUGAAAUGGUCACCGGAUCCUGCAUGGAGUCCUGUUUCGGUGGCAAGGCGGCCAAUCAAUGCGUGGCCGCCGCCAAACUGGGCGCCACCACGGCUCUGGUGGCCAAUGUGGGCCUCGAUACAUCCGGCUACGAAUACCGGAAAUAUGACGGAUCUAGCGGUGAAUGUGGAGUAUGUGGGUCAGAAGGACAGCCCACGGGCAUGCACGAGAUUGCCGUUUCGGAGGAGGGAGAACACUACAAGAUCAAUGUGCCCGGUGCGAAUGCGCUCCUCUCCGGCAGCGAUGUGUCCGAUGCCAAGAAGGUCUUUCGCAGGGCAAAGGUGCUCGUCUGUCAGCUGGAGACGAACAUGAGAGUCACCAUGUGUGCCCCAUCAUUCAAGGGCGUCUCCAUUCUGCACAUGUCUCCCCUGCAGACGGAUAUGCCACCCGAUCUCAUAAAAAAACCAAGCAUUAUUGUGGCAAACCGGAGAGCCGCCGCCCAUUUGGCUGGCAUGGGGAUAGAGACCUUGAACGAUGCUCGGCUUGCGGCCGAGAUCAUCACCUCCAAGGGGGUAAAGAGCGUGAUCAUCACAAUGGGGGAAAAUGGAGCAGUGCACAUGAGUCACCAUUGGGACAAGGACGGCCUAUGUACCCAUGUUCCAGCUGCCGAUGUGCCCCACCUGGCGGAUCAUGCUGGUGCCAGUGAUGCGUUCAUAGGCAGCUUGGCCUAUCACAUAGCCCGCUUCCCUAAACUUUCGCGGGAACAUCACAUCGCUGCUGCCCAUUCUUGUGCUGCCUAUUCGUUGGGCAGGAUGGGCACACAGCCAAGUUUCCCGGGAAGAGGAGGAGCGAGGAAUAAUUUUUGCCUCUGCACGCCAACCUACAAUAUCCUGCGAGCUGAUGAUCCCGUGCCUGCCAAAGAACGUCGCUCGCACCAUUCGCCAUCAAUUCACCCGGGUUCGAGGCAGACCUCUACAGCAGAUGUUACCGCAAAGAAAGAACGUUCCGCAUCUGAUCCACCUUCAAAGGAAUCUGUACAGUCUGAGGGAAAACAAAAACAAAAGUCUAAAGAAAAACAAAGGAAGAGGAACCUAAAUCUCCACCUCCAGAGAAUCCAGCUUCGAGCCCAAAACAGCGUUCAGCAUCAGAUUCACAGGCCACAAAAGAUCCAGUUAAGAAACAAAAGAAGAUUCAAGUAAAUGGCCAAGAAACCAAGAGAAGAACAUCAAAAUUCACAUGACAAUAAUCCAGUUUAAGUAAAUCCAUCCAUCAUCAAGGAAAAAUAGAUUUUAG